UAGUUAUUUUCAGUUCUAGCAAUAAUCCUACUAAGGUCCACCAUCAUGUUAUUAUUGCAAAAAAAGAAGAAGAAACAUCUACUUUGUGUCAAUCUUUCCCCAUUCAGCACGAUUCGGAAUUUCAUUUCUUUGGUUUUAUCAAAGAGUGUGGCCCACAAACAGAUAGCCUACACCUUAGUGCCACUUGCGGACUCUGCACGUGUGCGCGACCUUUGAAAUCAGAGCAGAGAGAGAGAGAGAGAGAGAGAGAGAGAGUGUGUGUGUGUGUGUGUACUCGGUGCUCGCUAUAAAAGCAGCGCUCAGCCUCGAAGUGAGCAACAGGUAACCCAGGUGAAGCCUCCUCCUCACCGCUCAGAGCACUCCGCUGCAGUUAUGGCCCCAAGACCAGAAGUGGGAACUGAUUCCUCGCCCACUCUUGAUGACAACACUCCUGCUAAAGAUGCAGCCAUCCUGCCUGCUUACUCCACCGUGGACCUGGUGAAUGAGGAUAAAGAUGCAGAAGAUCCCUGGCAUCUCCCAGAGCUCCAAGACACUGGGAUCAAGUGGUCGGAGCUGGAUACAAAAGGAAAGAUCACGAGGGUGCUGACUGGGAUUGUGAAGGCUGUUCUGCUACUUGGACUUCUCUACCUGUUUAUUUGCUCGCUUGAUGUUCUCAGUUCUGCUUUCCAGCUAGUCGGAGGCAAAGCUGCUGGUGACAUCUUCCAGGACAAUGUUGUGUUAUCCAACCCUGUGGCUGGGCUGGUGAUUGGGGUGUUAGUCACAGUGCUGGUGCAGAGCUCCAGCACCUCCUCCUCUAUUGUGGUCAGCAUGGUGUCCUCUGGAUUGCUGGAUGUCCAGUCUGCAGUGCCGAUCAUCAUGGGCGCCAAUAUUGGAACGUCUGUCACCAACACUAUUGUGGCCAUGAUGCAGGCAGGAGACCGAAAUGAGUUCCGCAGGGCAUUUGCUGGCGCCACUGUCCAUGACUUCUUUAACUGGCUGUCUGUGCUGAUUCUUCUGCCCCUGGAAGUAGCCACAGGUGUUCUGUACAAACUCACCAGCCUCAUAAUCAAAUCCUUCAAUAUCCAGGCCGGAGAGAACUCCCCCGAGCUGCUCAACGUCAUUACAGACCCUCUCACCGACUCCAUCAUCCAGCUGGACAAAUCUGUUAUCACUGGCAUCGCCACUGGUGAUGCAGCAGCCAGAAACAUGAGUCUGAUCAAAAUAUGGUGCAAGAAAGAGACCAACACGACUUUCUGGAAUGUAACGUUGGAAAACUGCACUGCUGGUGCCGUCUGCUGGGAGGAAAGAAACCAGACCUGGACCAAUUACCAAGAGAAAUGCAAACACCUCUUCGUCGAUACCAAUUUGCCAGACCUAGCAGUGGGCCUCAUUCUCCUGGCUCUAUCUUUGCUCGUCCUCUGCACCUGCCUCAUCCUCAUUGUCAAGCUGCUCAACUCCAUGCUGAAAGGACAAGUGGCUGUGGUCAUUAAGAAGGUGCUCAACACAGACUUCCCCUUCCCCUUUGGUUGGGUUACUGGCUACAUUGCGAUUUUGGUGGGAGCAGGGAUGACUUUCAUUGUUCAGAGCAGCUCUGUCUUCACCUCAGCUAUAACGCCUCUUGUUGGUAUUGGUGUCAUUAGCCUUGAGAGAGCCUAUCCUCUGACACUGGGGUCAAAUAUUGGCACAACAACCACUGCCAUACUGGCUGCGAUGGCUAGCCCGGGAGAAACACUGGCCAACUCCCUGCAGAUUGCACUUUGCCAUUUCUUCUUCAACAUCAUGGGUAUCUUACUGUGGUAUCCAAUCCCCUUCACGCGGCUGCCCAUCAGGUUGGCCAGAGGCCUUGGGAACCAUACUGCCAAAUACCGCUGGUUCGCCGCCUUCUACCUCUUCCUGUGCUUCUUGGUUUUACCUGUCACUGUAUUCGGCCUGUCGCUGGCUGGCUGGCAAGUCCUGGUCGGCGUCGGCGUGCCCAUCAUUGUGUUGGUUGUCUUUGUGAUCAUUGUCAACGUGAUGCAGUCUCGCUGCCCCCGGUACCUGCCCAUUGUCCUUCGCAGCUGGGACUUUUUGCCUCGGCCCCUGCACUCCAUGGCACCCUGGGACGCUGUGGUGACCUCGACUUUGGGCUUCUGUGGCAAACACUGCUGCUGCUGCUGCAAGUGCUGCAAGUGCUGCAAAAAAGAUGAGGAUCAAAAGAUGAGGAGGAACAGCAAGAAAAGUCUGGAAAUGUACGAUAAUCCAGCCAUGUCAACAGAUGAGGAUACAAAGCAGGCUGUUAAUGCAACACAUUUUUAAUAUCAUUAAGUUUCUAUCUGUAAGCGUUACUCAAUGCAAUAAUGAAUUUGGAACACGCUUGUAAUUGUUCAUCACGUCUCAGGUUGUGGUGUGUUGAUGAUUCCCCUUUGUUGGAUGUACUAAGCACUGCAGUAAACACUGUCUAUCACCAUCAUGCUGGAGAAUAUGAACACAAGCGUUGGACAUAUUAUAAAUAACCUGCUGUUUCUGGGCAUGAUGUUUAUUUUUUGAUGUUUUCAGUUUAUUGUUCGGACUCAUUAUCUGCUAUGACUUAACUAUGGGUGGUUCUGAAUUUAUUUUUUAUAUUUUUUUAAUGUGGAAGAGGCCUUUGGUUUUAUUUUCAACUCUGACCAUUUGAAUUUCAAAUGUUAACGUAGCAUUUAAAAUAUUUGUUAUCCUUCAGUAUUUAAGACUAUAAUAUUUGUAAAUAAAACAAUUGCUAUUUUUAAAAUGCAGUAUUUAAAUUUUUUUCUCCA